AGAAUUAAGGAAGCGAUGCCAAUGCCUUGUCAGAGGAUCAAUAUCUUCUGGGCUGGCCUUGUCUUCCCUCAAAUUAGUGUUGCUUUAUAUAUUGAAGGGAACCUAUAACUGCCAUGGCCACCUUCUUAAACAGAGCUUUUAAGUCUGUCAUAUCCGCCAUUGCUUACUGUUACUUUCACUUUCGGGACGACCAUACAGGCACAGGCAUCACAAUUAUCAACUACAACAUGCCCAAGUGGCGUCCACUCUCUUUGCAGACAGUGCAUCUCAAAGUCCGGAUGUGUUGCAGUGGUUGUGAGAGAGUUGUCAAAAAUGCAAUUCACAAGCUUAGAGGCGUUGAUUCGGUAGAGGUUGACCUAGACAUGGAAAAGGUAACGGUGGUGGGGUACGUUGAUCAAAAUAAGGUGCUAAAGGCAGUGAGGAGGGUAGGAAAGAGAGCAGAAUUCUGGCCCUAUCCAAAUCCGCCACUGUACUUCACAUCCGCGAAUCACUAUUUCAAAGACACCACCAAGGAAUUCAAAGAAAGCUAUAACUACUACAGGCAUGGCUAUAAUGUUGGGGACAGGUAUGGGAACAUCCCUGUCACUCAUCGUGGAGACGACAAGGUCAGCAACAUGUUCAGUGAUGAAAACGUUAAUGCCUGCUGUCUUAUGUAACUACAUAUAUAUUGUCAACUGUGUCUUCUCGUAUAUGUGUCUCAAAUGAACCUCUUCUCGUAUAUGUGUCUCAAAUGAACCUCUACUUGUGGAUCAUAAUGGAGCCUCCACCCUCCGUAACAUAUAUUUCUCUCCAUCACCACUUGUGGGAAUAUAUUUUAAUCAAAAUAUUCAAUUAUGUGUUUUUA